CAGGAUUUCUUUCAGGUCCUGGUGGCAUAUUCUGCAUCUAACCCCGACAAAGAUGAGCUGCGUGCCCAUAAUUCCACGUUUACGCUGACUCCUCCAGAGCCUCAUCAAUGAAGCAGCUGCAUUCUGGAGGGCUAGCAUGUACCGAAGGCACACAACCUCCAGAGGUGACAGAGUCAAGUCCUGGCGUGCCUGAGGCUAUCCAGGGGAACACGCGGGACAGACAGCACCCUCAGACUGUCCCCAUGACCCUCUGCUCCACUCUGAGGGGCAGGACACCAUGAGACCUCUCAGACACAGAGUCCACCCUCGACAUGACCCGGGGGAAAGGCAGGAGUGUGAGUGUCUCAUGAAGCUGUCCCAGUCCAGCCUGGGGGAGCUCAUCCAGGACCAGUUCUUCCGGGCCUGGGCCCUGGAGGACGCCAUGGCACUCAGGUGCCUUCACAUCUCCAUGGGGUUACUGAUGAGGAGGCGCUGGGUCCUGCUACCCCCAGUGUCCUGCUUUUGCCCUCGAAGCUCCCUGAAGGGGACCCAUCUCUGCAAGCCCACAGCCCUACCUGCGGCAUCCACAGCCUCAGAGAGCAGCGGGUCCCCUUACCCCCGAACUCCCUCCAAGUGCAUCAGGACAACAAGCCUUGAGCCCUGGAGACAAGAGAAUCAGUAUCCCUGGCCCAGGGAGGAUUCCAGGAGAGGACACAGGCAGGAGCCCUGGCCCAGAGCCAGAACCAAGAGUCCAGCCAGCGAAACUGGAGCUAGGGUCCCCAGCACCCAGGCCUCUGCGAGCAUCCCCCAACAGCAAGCCCCUCUGCAAGGUAGACGGGUUGGCCCACCCCAGGCUGUCCAGCUCCAGCAGCCUUGCAGGCAGCCCCUCCAGAAAAAGAGCCUGGUCCUCCCCCACCCUGCUCCCCACAGGCUGUCCCUGAGCCUGAGGCCCAGAGGCACAAGAGGACUUCUGUAGAGCCCAGGGGAGCAUGCUGUUCUCUUGGGGCCCCUGAGGGCUCAAGGUGUGGCCAGGCUGUCCCCAACUCAGGACAGACCAUGGGCUGUCCCGGGUACCUCCUCUGGAACUCCCUGCCCAAGCUCCGCCAUGGACCUGGACGUCAGGGGCUUGUGGUUUAACUUUGAAUAGGGAUUCUGGACCUUACAUGUGUGCCCUGGACAACCCCAGAACCAUGGGGUGGGGACCGACCCAGCAAGCCCACUGGGGCCCUGAAACUCGGCCCUGCCGGGCACUAUGAUAAUAACCAAGAGGCAAGUCCAGAGACAUCCACUUUGCCCAGUGGCACCUGCAUCCAACUUCUCAGCAGGCAGUGACUGGCAUGGUGUGGGGGCAGCCGGGGCAGCACCUGGCCAGCACCUGGCCAGCUGCCCAGUAGCCCCUGAUGGCUCCAGUGCCUCUGGACCUCAUUUUCUACUUUCUACGGGGAAACCUGCUCCCUCAGAGGCCACCAGAGGGAAGAGUGAGCAAGGCGUUUCUGCAGCCCCGACCAGCCAGCGGCAUGUCCUGUGGCCUCUGACUCAACCUAUGAGACAGAGCUCUGAUCCCAGGGCACACUUCGCAGGACACAGGGCCCGACCUCAACCAGAGCCCCGUGAAGGGAUGACCACAUGGGGGACCGUGGCGCUGCAUACCUGGGCGAUGUACUUCUCAUUGGAGAAUCCAGGCAAGAUCUUGAAGCAGGUGCAUGAGGUCCUGAGCCUGUGCAGCAAACAGCAUUCAUCUGGGCCUGGCACGAAGGGGUCUACAGAGCCACGGCCACCGCAGCCUCUUCCCGGCCCCAUCUGUGCAGUGCAAGUGAUCCACGCCUGCUCCUAAGCCCAGCCCAGCAAGCAGCAGCAGCCCGGGUCCCCCGGCCUGCCAGGCCAAUUUGCUGCCCAGAGGCUUCGAGGCCCUGCCCGCUGUACCCUCCACCACCUGGAAGCUGCCUCCUGACGCCUUCCAGCCACUGCUGCAGCCACAACAGGUGUCGCGGCCAGUGCAGGCUUUCCAGACAGUGGGGGCGCCCAGCAGCCGUUGCCUCAGCAGCUCUUUGGUGGCAGCCAGGCCAACAACGGCAGCAAUGAUGACAGCUCCACACUGGUGGACAGGCUGGGUGCGCACCUGGUGGUCCUCAAAGGCUCGCUGGGCCUGUACCACCAUUAUAAAUUUGAGAUCAUGAGAUUAUACCAUUUGCCUUCUUGCUUUUUGAAGUACGAGUAUUUUUAUGCACACUUUGUAGACCUCAAAAUCCAUGAAGGGUCUCAAAGAAGCCGGCUGGAUGGAGCCUGCUGUGGAUGCCUUUUUACUCUCAUAGAUCAGGGUGAUUUACAUUCCACCUGUAGUCUGUUUGCAGACACACAGAGCAGCCUUGCAGCUUUGUGCCUUUAGACUCUUGGUUUUGCAUUUCUCCCCGCUCCCUUCUUCCUUCCAGUAAGCCGCAACUUUUCUGAUUGAAAGGGUGCAAGGCUAACACACAGAAUGACUAACUCAGGAUCACAUACUGGCAGUGGGAGAGGCGGGAGGAGCAGCUGCCAUCAAUUGCCACGGCCAAGUGGAUGAUAGGAUAGAUGCUGGCGCAUGCAGAGGAGGCAGACGCAACGCUCAUCUCUGAUAAUGUCUGUUCCCUUAGAGGCGGCUAGAGCAUCGCCUCUUCACGCAAAUGUCUUGAAACUCAGCUUGAAGAUUUCAGCAAACGUGUCUUACAGCGAAGAGAAGAGGGAGUCAGUCCAUCGGGAUUAAAAAUAUAGAGGCAGUGACAACACACACUCGGCUUCAGUUCUUAGGAGAGUUUUGGUUUUGAUUUUUUUUUUUUUUGGAGAAGAUUUUUUUUUUAAUAGAUCUACACUGUUAACUGAGACUCUGUUGAGAUUCACCGGUUUACUUAAAAACUUCUCAGGGAUGUCUAUAAAUUUCAGUGUUAUAUGUCAUGAAAACCGGUGUGGGCGGAUCUGUUGGUUGAAAUAAUUUCUACUGUUUCAAAUACUGAAGGCAGGAAUAAUUGGUUUAUACUGUGUUUUAAAUAAAAGUAUUACUGGUAAGUCCCCCAGGACAUUA